GGCCGGCGGGGAGGAGCGCGGCCGCGAUGGCGAACGCUAGUGAGCCGGGCGGCGGCGGCGGCGGGGCCGAGGCGGCCGCGCUGGGCCUCAGGCUGGCCACGCUCAGCCUGCUGCUGUGCGUGAGCCUGGCGGGCAACGUGCUGUUCGCGCUGCUCAUCGUGCGGGAGCGCAGCCUGCACCGCGCGCCUUACUACCUGCUGCUCGACCUGUGCCUGGCCGACGGGCUGCGCGCGCUCGCCUGCCUCCCGGCCGUCAUGCUGGCAGCGCGGCGCGCGGCUGCCGCGGCGGGGACGCCACCGGGCGCGCUGGGCUGCAAGCUGCUGGCCUUCCUAGCCGCGCUCUUCUGCUUCCACGCGGCCUUCCUGCUCCUCGGCGUGGGCGUCACCCGCUACCUGGCCAUCGCGCACCACCGCUUCUACGCCGAGCGCCUGGCCGGCUGGCCGUGCGCCGCGAUGUUGGUGUGCGCCGCCUGGGCGCUGGCUUUGGCCGCGGCCUUCCCGCCGGUGCUGGACGGCGGUGGCGCGGACGACGAGGACGCGCCGUGUGCCCUGGAGCAGCGGCCCGACGGCGCCCCGGGCGCGCUAGGCUUCCUGCUGCUGCUGGCCGCAGUGGUGGGCGCCACGCACCUCGUCUACCUCCGCCUGCUCUUCUUCAUCCACGAUCGCCGCAAGAUGCGGCCCGCGCGCCUGGUGCCCGCCGUCAGCCACGACUGGACCUUCCACGGCCCGGGAGCCACGGGCCAGGCGGCUGCCAACUGGACGGCGGGCUUCGGCCGCGGGCCCACGCCACCCGCGCUGGUGGGCAUCAGGCCUGCGGGCCCGGGCCGCGGCGCCCGGCGCCUCCUGGUGCUGGAGGAGUUCAAGACGGAGAAGAGGCUGUGCAAGAUGUUCUACGCCAUCACGCUGCUCUUCCUGCUCCUCUGGGGGCCCUAUGUGGUGGCUAGUUACCUGCGAGUCCUGGUGCAGCCGGGCGCUGUCCCUCAGGCCUACCUGACAGCCUCGGUGUGGCUGACAUUCGCGCAGGCUGGCAUCAACCCCGUGGUGUGCUUCCUAUUCAACCGGGAGCUGAGGGACUGUUUCAGAGCCCAGUUUCCCUGCUGCCAGAGCCCCCAGGCUACGCAGGCCACCCUCCCCUGCGACCUGAAAGGCAUUGGUUUGUGAGGCGCGCUCUGCCACCCAGGCUCCCUCUGGCUUCGAUUGUGACAGCGCUUCUUCCCCUUCUGCCCCGUGUCUGGUUUUUCUCCGCUGCCUUCACAAGACUCUCAAAGUGGACACACGCACUUGGAUUGUACAGACUUCUGUGCUGGGGGCGGGGGGGAGGGGAUGCCGUGGUCCAGUUCAGUCCUUCUAAUUAUACUUUCUUCCUGGCGGUAGGCCCUGCAGUCUUUUGUGUACUGGUACCGACUUCUUUUCUCCCACGUGUGAUUUUUUUUUUUAAAUAAAGGCUACACUGGUUUUAUUCAUGCAAAGUUUCCUAGAGAACAUGGCCAGUUUUCUACAGAAGCUAUUUUUGACCGCCUCAAGUGGCAUUACCUUUGCAUUGCAGUGAAGGAGAGAGAGCUAGGGGAUCUUCUAUUGGAGAUGGAAGAAAGACACGGAAUUGUCAAAAGUCCCCUCUUAAUCGCAGGCCACAGGAUGAGGUGUGCUGUGUGCCUUCGUUGGAAGUGUGGGGAACUUUUCCCAGCGGUGACACUGAACUUUAAGAGGAAAUGGGAAUGGGUAGGAAGGCAGUCACGUUUGAGUCAGUUAACAAGCAAGGUUUGGAGCCCUGUUUAUAUUAUUUAAAAACUACGCAUCAGCAACAGCUGCUCUGUAUAUCAAUCUUGAACGAAAUCUUUCUGUGAGACUGUGACUUUUAAACAGUAAAAAGUGUUUUGGAUAGUAAUGUGGAGAGAAAAAAAAACAGUAUUGCAUGUGUUUGUACUGAUCGUGAUUUUCAGACGGGGAGGGCUCUUGAGGGCAAAGAACCACCGGUUGGUUUGGGUUUGGGGUUUGGGUUUGUUGUUGUUUUUUAUUUUUAUUUUUUUUUUGUUUUUGCUUUUUUUUGUCCCCAGUAAAAAGUUAAAAUACUUUUGUGGAAUCGGCUUGUGCUUUGAUAAGCCCAGUCUUACUUUGUCUUAUGAAGCUGAUUUUCACUCUGAAGACUUUUGUCCAUGCUAAAAAGAAAUCAGAUGUAAUGGUGCCUCUCCCAGGAGACAAAACCUUUUCCUGAGGUGUUUGCUGAGUUAGGUGGUGCUGUUCUAUUGAUUGCAGAUUUGAAUGAUUAAAAAGAACUAUAAUUUAAAAUACUGUCUCUUUGUUAGACACUGUCAUUUGGAACUGAAGGACUACAUUGCAAGUACUGUAUAAUACUUUUGGCUUAAACUGCUAUGUUUUUAUUAACGUAACUUGUGUUUUGAAGAUUUCUAUCUGUACUUCUCUUUGCAUUACAUAAAUACACCAGUAUUUUCAUUCUGGA